GUUCCGGAUAGAAGCGCACCAUUAUUCAGUGUAAAGAAAGCGCCAGAACGGUGCAGUCAAUCAGAUAUUUUUUGUCCUUUUCUAUUUAUUACUACAGGUAUGUAAUAACACGUUUAAACAUUCUAAUAUCGAAAGAACAUGUCGUACCAUUUUUGGUAAUACAUCCGUUAAGGUAUUAUCACGUUGGGUAAAGGUGUGAUGUGUUAUUUUUAUGUCAAGCCAAGUGAAGAACGUGAUAAUGUUAACAAUUUUACAAGUUACAUAGUUAGAGCCUUUGGUGUUUGUCUGAGUGGAUGUACAUCGUUUUCCUAAUGUCAUUCACAAAUAAUAUAUUUACUUGAGAUGUCUGAAUUCGUUUUACAAUUUAUUAGUUUUGUGUAAAAUUCACGAGCUGGUAAAAUGGCGGCGCCACUCGGUCUGCAUCAACAGACUUCAGUCCAGGCAGAGUGGAUGCAGCAGAGAGACCAUUUCACGGUUGCACUACUAUUUUAAAGCUUAAUGUAAUGAGUCCAAACCUACAGUCACUGGGUCCUGAUUGUGACAGUGGAGCCCAGUUUUCACUGCAGGAUCCAGAGAUGACAUCAGUGAAGCUGGAAGACUGCAGUCCAACACUGGAGCUGAAUGUCAACAUUAAAGAUGAAGAAGAGGAGGAGAAGAUUGGGGAAUCUGUUAGUCAUGGUAUGAGGCCGGUAACAUCAACAGUGAGGACAAACCCAGCCUGCCUCUCUCCUUCCACACGGAGUCCAAACCUACAGUCACUGGGUCCUGAUUGUGACACUGGAGCCCAGAUUGCACUGCAGGAUCCAGAGAUGACAUCAGUGAAGCUGGAAGACUGCAGUCAAACACUGGAGCUGAAUGUCAACAUUAAAGAUGAAGAAGAGGAGGAGAAGAUUGGGAAAUCUGUUAAUCAUGGACGACUAGAAUUAAGUCUGAAGCCGGUAACAUCCACAGUGAGGACAAACCCAGCCUGCCUCUCUCCUUCCACACUGAGUCCAAACCUACAGUCACUGGGUCCUGAUUGUGACAGUGGAGCCCAGUUUGCACUGCAGGAUCCAGAGAUGGCAUCAGUGAAGCUCGAAUGCGGUCAAACACUGGAGCUGAAUGUCAACAUUAAAGAUGAAGAAGAGGAGGAGGAGAUUGGGAAAUCUCUUUCUCAUGGUAAGAGCAGGUUAUAUCUAACAAAGUGUGUUGUUCAUUCCAACUUCUCACUAUGCAGGAAAAGUUGCAGUAGAACUGUUUCAUGAUGAACUGUUUCAAUGAGAAGGUAAUUUUAUUUAAUGGUACUCAGACUUGCAUGGUUUGACAUCAGUAUUGCCAUCAUUUGUUUUAUUCACUGGUCUGUCUGGAGUGUUCAUAGAGUAGACUAAAGAAGUGAAGUAGACAAACUGCCAGUGUUUAAGUUCUAUGAAAUUAGUUUGUGUAGUUACUAACCAUUGUGAUAGUGAGUGGAGGACUCUUACCCACUUUUAGAAUAGUUUUAUUCGCCUGUAUUGUACAGCCUACUGAUAUGAAUACAUAUGUCACCAGGUACAGCCAGAAGAGGACUGGCCACCCCUCUGGGUCUGGUUCCUCUCUACCUUUCUCCUAAGGACCCUGCUUUCUAGGGAUUUUUUCCUGUCCACUGUGCUUCUACAUCAGCAUUGCUUGCUCAUUGGGGAUUUUAGACUGGGUUUCUGUAAUGCACUUUGAGAUUUGCUGAUGUAAAAAGUGCUUCAUAAUAUACAUUUGAUUGACAUGUAUAUCACACCAACUGACUGGUUCUUCUGAUGUUCUUCUGAUGUUCUUUACACAGGAGACCAUGUUGAGACAUUCUCUACAUCCAGAGGGCAACAGCAGGAAGAUCACAGAGCUAAGAGGUCUCACCACUGCCCACAUUGUGAGGAGAAUUUCCCAAUUCUAUCAAAGCUAAAAAUACACCUAAAAAUACACACAGGAGAGAAUCCGUAUUCCUGUACUGACUGUGGGAAGAGAUUCACAACAUCAAGGGCUCUGACAGUUCAUCAGAGAGUGCACCCUGGAGAGAAGCCUUACUCCUGCUCUGACUGUGGAAAGAUUUUCUCUUGUCCGGGCCACUUAAAAAGACAUGAACAUAUACAUACAGGAGUGAAGCCUUACUCUUGCUCUGACUGUGUAAAAUGCUACACAACAUCAUCUGAGCUAAAACUUCAUCAGAGAGUGCACACUGGAGAGAAGCUUUACUCCUGCUAUGACUGUGGGAAGAGUUUCUCUCGACAGGGUUUUUUAAAAGCACAUGAACUUAUACAUGCAGGAGUGAAGCCUUAUUCCUGCUCUGACUGUGGGAAGAUUUUCUCUCAACUGGGCCACUUAAAAAGACAUGAACGUAUACAUACAGGGGUGAAGCCUUACUCCUGCUCUGACUGUGUAAAAUGCUUCACAACAUCAACUGAGCAAAAAGUCCACCACAGAACACACACAGGAGAGAAGCCUUACUCCUGCUCUGACUGUGUAAAAUGCUUCACAACAUCAACUGACCUAAAAGUCCAUCAGAGAACACACACAGGCGAGAAGCCUUACUUCUGCUCUGACUGUGGAAAGAGUUUUUCUCAAUCGUGCCACUUAAAAAGACACCAAGGUAAACAUAAAGGAGAGAAGCUUUAUACCACUGAUCUGACUGUAGAAAAUGUUUCAAAACAACAGCUGAGCAAAAAGGUCAUCAGAGAACACACACCGGAGAGAAGCCUUACUUCUGCUCUUAAUUUGGCAAGAGUAACUCAAGUAAAAGUCUAAAGGUAUUCUGUUGUAAAUAUACCUUAGUUUCAAAAGUAAAAGUGAAUCAUUUCAAAUUGCUUAAAUGAACCUCUACGCGAUGGGUGUCCACUAACCAGGACGGUUGUUGCUAACCUUUCAAUGUGACUAGAAUGACGAUGUAUACAACAGCCAACUUUCCAGAACAUAGACAUGACUUUAUAUCGUCAGAAAGCUUAAAUUCUGUUAAUCUACCUGCAGUGUCCAAUUUAACAGUAGCUAUUUCAUUGAAAAAAAUACAGUGCUAUUUUUUGAGUAGAGUGCACAACAACUUUUAUCAUGGCAACUGGUUUAAUACAUUCACCUCUGAAGGUCAAUAGUGUACUUGCAUUCAGUAAUCUUUCUCUGAUUUGUCAUCCUGAGGGUCCCAGAGAUCAAAUGUAGCAUAGUUUAAUUUGCUAAAAUGUUCAAAUGUAGGAACUGGGUUCCACAUUUUGAACCCCUGUUGUCUCUGGCUCCACACCUACCCCACCUGGCCAUCUAGAUGUGUGGAAGUUAGUGAAUAAGCUAAUGAUCCAUCAUGUCGCAGUUGCAAAUGAGAACUUGUUCUUAACUAGCCUACCUGGUUAAAUAAAUGUGAAAUAAAAAAAAAUAAAAAAAAUGUAUGAAAUUCC